GAGUUGAGGUUUAGCUGAGUUGAGUUGAGUUGGCCAGGCCAAGAAGCAGGCGCAACAACCGAACGCGAACGCGAGCGCAGGGAAACAACAAGAAAACAACAAUCCCAGUCCCAAUCCCAGCAAUACGAAUCGGACAACCCAACAACCAGACCAGACCAGACCAGCUAUAGUGCUAUAGUGUGUUAUCGACGCUGACGUCGGCGUCGUUCUUUGUAUUGAUUCGAAUUUGGAUUCGGAUUCAGUCGAUGAGUUUCUCUCGCUUCUGCGCGUUGCGUUUUUCGCAGUGUUUCCGCGAUUUUUCGUUGUCGUCAUCGUUGUUUCGUAUCGUUUCGUUUCGUCUCGUCUCGUUUCGUUGUUGUGUGUGGUGUGUGGUGUAUAGUGCGCCGCCUCCUCUCAUUUCAGCCCCCUUUUUUCGUACAGCCGUGAGUGGCUGUAAAAGUUUCCAUCCCGUCCCAGACGUUAGCUGCUACUAAGUAUAACUAAGCUAUAUGGUAUAAUAAUAAAACAGAGAAACAAAAAAACCGCUCCAUCGCGUUAUCAACGGACAUAGAUAAUAACACACCCAAUAUAAAGUCUGAAAAAACAGUUACUGUUACAAGCGAAUAAUAAUAAUAAGAGUGAGUAGUGAGUGCCGGAGUGAGUGCCUUUGACCAGCCGAGACGACGACGGUACGGUACGGUUCUUGAUGGUGACAUCAGAGUCUAAAUCUAGCGCGAACAGAUUUUAAUUCCGUGAACUAGUAGACGACGCACAGUCACCGAGUACCGAGUCUACGUACCUCUCAUAUCGGGCAUACCCGUGAACCCAACCAACCAACCCGUGAAAACGACAAGAAACUGGCUGCAUGAAAAACAUCACCAGCUCGAGCACUUGCAGCACUGGGCUGCUGCAAUUGCAGAACAACCUGAGCUGCACUGAGUUGGAGGUUGCGGAGAAGGCAGAACAGCAGGCAGUUGGACCCGGCACCAUACCAUCACCGUGGACUCCAGUGAAUGCCGGUCCUCCAGGUGCCCUUGGAUCGGCAGACACAAAUGGCAGCAUGGUGGAUAGCAAAAACCUGGAUGUUGGUGAUAUGAGCGAUGACGAAAAGGAUUUAUCCUCCGCCGAUGCCGAAGGUGUAUGGAGUCCCGAUAUCGAACAGAGCUUUCAAGAGGCUUUAUCUAUAUAUCCGCCGUGCGGACGUAGAAAAAUCAUCUUAUCCGACGAGGGUAAAAUGUAUGGUCGCAACGAACUGAUCGCACGAUAUAUAAAACUGCGCACAGGCAAGACGAGAACCAGGAAACAAGUCAGCUCGCACAUCCAAGUGCUGGCUAGACGGAAACUCCGCGAGAUCCAGGCGAAAAUCAAAGUGGAAACCAAUGGUGUGUCCUUGCAUUUAUUAAACGAGAAAGAGCAAACGUUGCAGGUCAUGAGCACAAUGACCAGUUCGCAAAUCGUGUCCGCCCAAGCGGCCAACAAUCUGGCAUUGGCUGCCUCGGCACUAUCGGCAGGUGGUGGUGGCGGCGUCCACCACGCGAGGCAUCUCAACCUCAACCUCAGUCUGCACCCCCCACUACCACCACCACCACUACCGCCACCACCACCCCAUCCCCAUAGACACUCGUCUUCGUCGUCGUCGUCGGCGGCGGCAGCAGCUGCAGCAGCAGCAGCAGCGGCGGCGGCCUCAGCCGCGUUGGUCCCCAGGUCGCCGUCGUCUCCGCAACAGCAGCACCACUACCACCACCACCACCACCAUUCCCAUCCCAAUUUGACGCACCUACCGCAUAGUCAUAUGCAUACACACCAUCACCAACAUGCGGCAGCCGUUGCAGCGGUCUAUCAUCUCCAGCAGCAACAGCAGCAGCAGCAGCAGCAGCAGCUGCAACAGCAGCAACUGCAACAGCAGCAACAGCAACAGCAGCAGCAACUGCAACAGCAGCAGCAACAGCGGGCGAACGAUGCGAACGGCGCUGCAACAACUGGCGGCGAUUCGGAGGCAACAGCGACGGCACCGCCCGCUCCGCCACCCCCUCCGCCGCCGCCGCCGCUGCACCACCCGCCGUUGUAUUCUGGCCAAUUCUGGCAACCUGGACUACAGCCAAGCACGUCCCAAGACAUCAAGCCCUUCGCCCAGCCACCCUAUCCCGCCGGCAAAACGUCGACGGCGGUGUCCGGGGACGAGACUGGAAUUCCGCCCUCACAAUUGCCCUGGGAAGGUCGAGCCAUUGCCACGCACAAAUUCCGCCUACUCGAGUUUACGGCGUUCAUGGAAAUCCAGAGAGAUGAUAUGUAUAACCGUCACCUUUUCGUUCAACUCGGCGGUAAGCCAUCCUUUUCCGAUCCACUGCUUGAGACCGUUGAUAUACGACAAAUAUUCGACAAGUUUCCGGAAAAGUCGGGGGGCCUCAAAGAUCUCUACGAAAAGGGUCCACAGAAUGCGUUUUACCUAGUUAAAUGCUGGGCGGACCUGAAUACCGACCUAACGACCGGCAGCGAAACGGGUGAUUUCUAUGGCGUAACCAGCCAAUACGAAAGCAACGAGAAUGUCGUGCUCGUGUGCUCCACGAUCGUUUGCUCUUUUGGCAAACAGGUGGUGGAGAAGGUGGAAAGCGAGUACUCGCGGCUGGAGAACAAUCGCUAUGUGUACCGCAUCCAGCGGUCUCCGAUGUGCGAGUACAUGAUCAAUUUCAUUCAGAAGCUGAAGAACCUACCGGAACGCUAUAUGAUGAACAGUGUGCUGGAAAACUUUACAAUAUUGCAAGUAAUGAGAGCCCGCGAAACGCAGGAGACACUGCUGUGCAUAGCCUAUGUGUUUGAGGUAGCGGCCCAGAACAGCGGUACCACCCACCAUAUAUACCGGUUAAUUAAGGAAUAGCAAAAGCUGCAUGGAGCAGAGCCCGACCUGUCUGCGAAUCCCGUCAUCAACACACAAGUUCACAAAUAUAUCAGCGACGAUAAUAGUAUCAAUGCGAAU